GCCGGGCUCCCGCUGGGCUCGUGCGUUCUGCGCCCGUCGAGGCGGUGCCGAGCCCGCUGACUCCUGAUUGUCCUUUGCGGCGGCUGCGGUCGCUGCCUCUUUGCCUCUCGACCCGGGGCUGCAGGGGCCGGAGCGAUCGCGCCUCCCGCGGGCCACGGCUGCCCAGAGCAGAAACAGCCUGCUCGGUAUAUAAAUCUUGGUCGACAGCGUGGCUGCAGGCCACUGACUGGAGUUCUCUGUGGCUUUCUAAGUGGAGAGUGGUGUGGCUGUCCCAGCCUGUGGCGGCUUGCAUCAUGCCAGCUUUGUCAACAGGAUCUGGGAGCGACACAGGUCUGUAUGAGCUGUUGACUGCUUUGCCAGCCCAGCUGCAGCCACAUGUGGAUAGCCAGGAAGACCUAACCUUCCUCUGGGAUAUGUUUGGUGAAAAAAGCCUGCAUUCACUGGUAAAGAUUCAUGAAAAACUCCACUACUAUGAGAAGCAGAACCCCGUGCCCAUCCUCCACGGCGCAGCGGUCUUGGCCGAUGAUUUGGCUGAAGAGCUUCAGAACAAGCCAUUAAACAGUGAGACCAGAGAGCUGUUGAAACUACUGUCAAAACCCAAUGUGAAGGCUUUGCUCUCUGUACAUGAUACUGUGGCUCAGAAAAAUUAUGAUCCCGUAUUACCGCCAAUGCCUGAUGAUAUUGACGAUGAAGAAGACUCCGUAAAAAUCAUUCGUCUGGUCAAAAAUAGAGAACCACUGGGAGCUACCAUUAAGAAAGAUGAGCAGACUGGAGCCAUCAUUGUGGCUAGAAUCAUGAGGGGAGGAGCUGCGGAUAGAAGUGGUCUUAUUCAUGUUGGUGAUGAACUUAGGGAAGUGAAUGGGAUUCCAGUAGAGGAUAAAAGGCCUGAGGAAAUAAUUCAGAUUUUGGCUCAGUCUCAGGGAGCAAUUACAUUUAAGAUUAUACCCAGCAUCAAAGAGGAGACACCAUCUAAAGAAGGCAAGAUGUUUAUCAAAGCCCUCUUUGACUAUGACCCUAAUGAGGAUAAAGCAAUUCCAUGUAAGGAAGCUGGGCUUUCUUUCAAAAAGGGAGAUAUUCUUCAGAUUAUGAGCCAAGAUGAUGCAACAUGGUGGCAAGCGAAGCACGCAGGUGAUGCCAAUCCCAGGGCAGGCUUGAUUCCCUCAAAGCAUUUCCAGGAAAGGAGAUUGGCUCUGAGACGACCAGAAAUAUUAGUUCAGCCCUUGAAAGUUUCCAACAGGAAAUCAUCUGGGUUUAGGAGAAGUUUCCGUCUUAGUAGAAAAGAUAAGAAAACAAAUAAGUCCAUGUAUGAAUGCAAGAAGAGUGACCAGUACGACACAGCUGAUGUACCCACAUAUGAGGAAGUGACACCGUAUCGGCGGCAAACGAACGAAAAAUACAGACUUGUCGUUCUGGUUGGUCCUGUAGGAGUAGGUCUGAAUGAACUGAAACGAAAGCUGCUCAUCAGCGACACCCAACACUACGGUGUGACAGUGCCCCACACGACCAGAGCAAGAAGAAGCCAGGAGAGCGAUGGUGUGGAAUAUAUUUUCAUUUCCAAGCAUUUGUUCGAGACAGAUGUACAAAAUAACAAGUUUAUUGAAUACGGUGAAUAUAAAAACAACUACUACGGGACGAGUAUAGACUCCGUGCGGUCUGUCCUAGCUAAAAACAAAGUUUGUUUGUUGGAUGUUCAGCCUCAUACAGUGAAGCAUUUAAGGACCCUAGAAUUUAAGCCCUAUGUGAUAUUUAUAAAGCCUCCAUCAAUAGAGCGUUUGAGGGAGACAAGAAAAAAUGCAAAGAUUAUUUCAAGCAGAGAUGACCAAGGUGCUGCAAAGCCUUUUACAGAAGAAGACUUUCAGGAAAUGAUUAAAUCUGCACAGAUAAUGGAAAAUCAGUAUGGUCAUCUUUUUGACAAAAUUAUAGUAAAUGAUGACCUUACCGUGGCAUUCAAUGAGCUAAAAACAACUUUUGACAAAUUAGAGACAGAAGCCCACUGGGUUCCAGUGAGCUGGUUACAUUCAUAACUAAGGGAAAUUCCCACAAUCAUCUUUUUUGUAGAGUGCAUGAUGAAAUCAGUUACCGUUCUGGUGGUAGGGCUUUUUAAUCUAUAUCACUGUUGUAGAUGUGCAGUCUUGCUUAAAACUGAAUGUUGGUUUUGUUUGUAUCUUUAUCCAGCCUUACUUCAAACACAAUUAUUUGAGUAGAAGAUCCAAAAUCAAAAUUUGCACAGUACUGUAUUUUGAGCAGAGCUUUGAACCUUUUGGUUGUCUUUAAUAUACAGCUGUAUCUCCAAGAUGAGGUUGGACUUUUUAGAGAGAAACAGCUAGGGAAUUGAUACUGGAGUUCAGUGCUUCAGCAGGUCUCAGACGUGGUCCCUCCAUCAAGUUUGUACGUUAACAGUUGAAGGUACUAACUUAGCAGCCUUGCGCAGCUCCAGGCAAACAGGACAGCUUUGCUGUUCUUUGGAUGGGUCACUAUAGGUUCACCUAGGCUGACAAUAAGGCGUCCUCUUGCUAUUCUAAAAGCGCAACCUUUUUCUUACAUAUAUACAAUAUAGUCAGUGUAUUUAAAAAUCUUUCUUAAAGGAAUUACAACACAUUUGCCUUAGUGAGUGGCCUGCAUGUUAUAGCUUGAGACGACCUCUUAGGACUACAUAUCAGUGACUCGAGUAUUUAAUGAGGGAAGAUAUGACUUUUAAAAAUGAUUGUAUAUGUAACUAAAAGCCCUUCCUUAUGGUAUUAGUCUUUGUAAGGUUGGUGAUAUCUUGGGGCAAGUAAUGAUUACGAAGGACAUUUUUAUUUGUAAAUCCUCAGACAGGAUUUCCGGAGUCACUAUCCAAUAAAUUAUAAGAAUGUGAUUCCUAUUCUCAAAGUAGAUGUUUUACAUGUUACUGCUACAGUUAAAAUGUGAUCAUUUUUCACAUGUGCAAUUGAUCAUAUACUUAAAUUGCACUAAAAUGUAUUUUAGAAAAACUUUUCGUAUAAUGUUAACUUACCUCUUCAUCAUCAAAAUAAUUCUUAACACUGGUCAGGUAUCAUCCUAAUCUUACCAUUUUUAAAGAAUCUUAAGAAACACUCUUGUAAAUAAUUUAGAUGGGCUCUCAUUUUUCUUUGUUACUACUGAACUUCAGCAUACUAGAAAGGGCCAUAAGUUGUUUAAGAGAACAUGUCUUGCCAUUCUUGCAUGCAGUAAGACCCUGCCAAUCAAAAAUCAUCACAUCUAUGACUUUCAAACAGAAAAUAUUUUUUGUUGAUUUGUAAAGAGAGUUUAGAUGUCAUAAGAAAAAUAGAACGUAGUGAAAUUUUAUAUAUUUAUGAAAUCUUUGAAAGGCGUAUUUUUUUAAUUAUCAAAUGGAGCUAUUCAUAAAAUAAAUUGUAUGUAAAGAUGUCAUAAUUUAAAAGAGUAGUUUUAUAAGUCAGGGUCAACAUUCCAUGUAAAUAUUUGACCUUUGUUUGUACACAGAUAGCCCACGAGUGUUAUAUGUGCACUGUGCACUUGGUAGCAUUAUCCACUGGAUUUCCUUCAGACGCGUCAAAUUUCAUAUUAGAAACAGAGACAAAAACUGCUGUAAUGGUCUUGAUACACACUCUCACUAAAACAGUCAGACCAGAUGUUACUUAACAUGAUCCAGACAGUGAGUUCUAAGUUUAUAAAGUCAAUAGCAAGCCAUCUAGAUUUUUAAAGGAGUGGGGAAGAGGGCUGCCGUACUUUAAAGUUGUAUGGCUGCUCUAAGAAAAUACAAGUCUUACACAGAGAGUUUGGGUAGAAUAGACUCCUCUUUGAACACUAAGAUCUAUAAAUCAAAGCUUCCUGUACAAGGAGUAAUGGGAAAUGUGUAAUUAUCUAGGCAAUUGUCUGAAUAAUUUAAUUUAGGCAGUCCAACCAAAUUCUUUACUGUGGGGGUAGAAGGUAGUGUAAUGUGGUGGAAACAGAGUCCUUCUGGCUAUUGGUGGCGAUGGGGUGUUAUUUAAAAAUAUAACUGUCCAGGGGCGCCUGGGUGGCUCAGUCGUUGAGCGUCUGCCUUCGGCUCGGGUC